UGUCAGAUUCGUAUAUAAAUGAAGUAGGCUGUGAACGUCCCCCUUUUAUAACCUCAAAAAUGCGCGAGAAGUAUUACAGCGGAAUGGCGAAUUGAGCUUAUUUUUAUCUUUAAGUAGUGUAAAAGUGAACGCAUUAACACCAUGCCGUCUAAGAAGAGAAAAUAUAAUGCUAGGUUUCCAGCCGGACGUAUUAAGAAGAUAAUGCAGACGGACGAAGAAGUGGGGAAAGUCGCGCAAGCUGUUCCCAUCAUAAUCUCUCGUACGUUGGAGCUGUUCGUGGAAUCGCUGCUGAGUAAGGCUAUGCAGGUGACUAUCACGAGGAAUGCAAAGACUCUCAGCCCGAGUCACGUGAAGCAGUGCAUCCUGGCUGAGACCAGGUUCGACUUCCUGAGGGACCUGGUCAAAAACAUACCUGAUGUAACCGCUGCCGAAGAAAGAGAAAUGAUGAGCGGUGAAAGUUCACCCAACUCGUCGUCAAGAUUAUCUGAUACCUCGGUCCCUCAAAGAGUUGUGCGACAGGACUCGAACAGUUCGAGCAGUUCAGAUAUUAGACUACAGGUGGCGCCACCCAAGGAACUUAAACGACGCUUGUCGGUAGACACUGAGAAGAAACCGGACACCGUGACAGAAUCAGCUAUAGAUUUGACAAAGAAAAUAGACGAGAAGCCGGUGGUCACUGCUAACUUCUACCAAGAGACUCUUCUCACUGAUGAAGUGCAGCACAAGAGCGUCAUCAAGGUCAAUCCGACCUACACGAGCCCGCAACCUUCGACCUCGAGUUUCUCAACGCUGACCACAGUAGAGCCGGUUCCCAGGUUGGAACUGGCAGUGCCAAAGCCCGAACAGUCACCGGUGUACUAUCUAGACGUAAGGCAGAACCCCCAAAAGCCGAGGACCCCAGUAACCCCCAUCCUCAACAUAGAUUUCACCAAAAACUUCACCAAACCAGAAAUAAAAGUGUUAGACACGUCCGCGGCGACCAUGGUCGGCGGCAGGAACGACAAGAAGCCGCAACGGCAGAGCGCGAGGGCGGCGAGGGACGUCAGGAAGAGCGACACGAAACUCGUGCCGGCCGUCGUCGACGUGGACCAUCUGAAUUCAGGGAAUCUGCAGAUCGACGAGGACUAUGAUACCUGAAUACAUAUAAGUUAACUUAUGUUUUAAUGUUGCAUGAGGUUUGUUAUCCGAAGUCACGUGGCGCGGUGACGUCACGGGGCGCGGGAAAGGCGCGGACGUCGCGAAUUGGUAACAGUAACCGGGUGUCUGUAGUAUAGUGCGUGCUGUAAUGUUGGCUAUUUAAUUGAAAUUAUAAUUAAUUCGGAUAACAUAUAUCAUGAGAUUUGUUUACCAGUGAGGUAAGGACGCGUUUUGUCGUUUUAGUUAUUGUUUUUUUUUUUUUUGAUUGUUCGUGUGUAUGGCCUAGGUUUUACUGCUUGACGUGUCUGUUGUUAAUGGAUGAAUGUGAUAAGUCGAAGGUAUUUUUUUUUGUAAUAGUGACAAACAUCAAUGCAAUUUUGACUCUGCUGAUAUGAUUUAAAGACUAAUUUCGUUUUUUUUUUCUUCGUCCUCAUUACGACAUGUUAUUUUUUAUUAAUAUAAGAACUGUUCGUUGUCAAUUUUCACUGUUCAAUAUGCAUUUAACAUAUUUUAAAUCUACGUGAGAUCUGUAUAGUCUACUUGCGUGUUAUGUUAUGUACAAAUGCAAUAGAUUAAAAAAAAUUAAUAAUAAUAUUAAUAAAAAUUCUCCAAAAAGGAAGUCUUUAAAAGAACAAAAAUAUAUGAUAAAUACUGUAUUUAUUUAUUCAUUACCCUCGAUGUUAUAACAUUUUGUUUAGAAUUGUG